AUGGUUGGAUUUAUCUGCUUUCAACCUCGUUUAAGCAUCUUGUUUCUCUCUCUCUUUUUCCAGAAGAAACGGAAACGUGAACUGGCUUGGAGUGAUGGUGAAGCCUCUACGGCUUCUGGAACUACGGAGAAAUCUGGUGAUUCAAAUUUCCAGAAGGAAGGCAGGAAACUGAAGCUUCAUGAUCCAUGCUCACCCCAAACUGGGGAUGUCUCAAACGCAUCAAAUCACAAAGGCAUGGUUGUCGAGGAUGUUCCUGACAAGACUGUCCAAGAUAAUUCGAGUUCCAGACAGAAAUUUCUCGAGUUACUGUCUGGUGAGAAUGAAGGUAUCAAGAGACCAGUUAUUCCUGUUGCCCCUGGAUUCCAAGCGAAAAUUCCAGACUGGAUUGGGUCAACCAAAAAGGGAAAAUUUUACGGUAGCCCUGCCGACUCCAAAACUCUAAGAUUGUUGGGGAUUGAUGUUUGGCCGACAUAUAGCCUGAGGAAGAAAACCGUCAAGAGAGAAGUCGGGAAAGGAAGACCCAAUUCUUGUUCUUGCACUUCCCCUGGAUCAACCAUUUGCAUCACAAAACACACGAGAGAAGCACGAGAACUUUUAAGAGCAGAUCUUGGUUCCGUUUUCUAUACAUGGAAAUUUGACAAGAUGGGUGAAGCCAUAUCGAAAUCAUGGACAGCCAGAGAAGAACACAAGUUCGAGCAUCUUGUGGAAAGGAAUCCAUUGCCAGGCAGUAAAGGUUUCUGGGGGAUUGUUUCAAAGGCGUUUCCGACCAAAACGAUGACGAUCACAACGAUGAUUUCUCCGCUGGGUGAAAGGCCAUUAGGUUUUUGGAGAUUUCUCGACAUUACAGGUAAUUCCGAUUCGUUUUACUGUAAGUCAAAUUUUGUCAGGCUUUUCUUGCACAGAUUCAUAUAGCAUUUGAGGACCUCACUCAGCAUCAUAUUCCAUGAAACCUGAGAUUUUGUCAGUCAUAGGGAACUAAAAGAAACGGUAUAUAGGUCGUCGUAACUAGAACAAAAUUUGGAUGGCAUCUUGUCUUUUUUUGUGAACCUCAUGUUUUGACCCAUACAAGUACAAGAAGGAAGUAUCAAAUAUUCGAUAUUUUCCCGUAA